GUAUUGCUUCGCGGCAUCCAAAAUUAUUCGAGUUGAAUACAGAUCAAAAGGCAGUCAAAGCAGAAAUGCACCAGCGCACAACAAUAACAUGUUAAUGGAAGAAAACUCGGUACCAACGGGAAUAUCUGACAUAUGCAACUCAUGGAUGAAAUUGGCGCAAAGGACAGGCACUGAAAGAGUAGAUUCUUUCGUACCUGACCUUUUUUCCAUAGUAUAA